AACGGGGCUGUCGGGGGGCGGGCGGUUUGCUCAUUUUAAACCCCUGUACUGAUUCGCGCCGAGCGCGGUUAGAUCGAGCGUGUCGAUGCCUCAGUUAUAUUUACCCUUUGGGCAUGACCUUUACUCUGCAGGGUCAGCUCUGCACAGCUGGUCUUAAUUCCCACCCUCUACUCUCUCUACCUGUAAGGAGUGAAACAGAAAGCCCUGUAGUGGCGGGGUUAGGGUAGUGAACUUGCCAGUUUGAGCCUCCUUCCACCCUUCCUCGGAAAGGAUUCAGUGAAAUCAAAAGGAACCAGAACCGGCCCGGUCCGCUCGUGGUUCCAGACCACAGGUUAGGCACUUCGGAUCUGGAGUCCCCCUUAGUGCAUCUAAAGAAAAAAAAAAAAUCAUAAGCGGCUACUCCCCUGAGUGGAGAUCUCUGGUUUCUCCUUUGAUAGAUUAAAGAGUUGGAUUGGAGAAUUGGAUUUUUAAAGUAGGGACAUUGCUUUGAAUAUUGUAGCAAGGUAGUGUGACAACUUGGAUUGGAACCCAGACUGAUCUUGUUCUGGUUGCUGACUCAGACUUGCUGACCGGUGGGAGUUCGCAUCCUUUGAGAAUUACACUUGUUCCCCUCCCCACCCACCCCCCGUUUUUGCACAAAGACCUUUGUGCUAGGAUCACAUCUGGGCCUUGCUUAUACGUGUGGGCUGUAAAUUUCAGCGAGCGGUUAGACUUUACCCUGUAAUUAUGCCACAAAAUUUUGACACUUGUAGUUGCUUGAAAGUCACUAUUAACUGUACUUCUAUUCAGAUAGCUCGAGUGUUUUAGGGAGCAAACAGUAUAAAAUUAUGGUAAAUUAGUUUUACAGGAAGUUGCGAAGAAUUACCCAUGUUAAGGAAUUUAAAUACGGAGAUCAGUUUAGUAAAAAAAAUUUAGCUGUGUUCACAGUAUAAACAGUAUAAACUCUAAACUCCAUUGCCACAGAAUACUGUGCACACUGUCCUCGCUUCUGUUAACCAAAUUAAAAAUCUGCUUAUACCCUCCUGGUGCAUAGCAUGAAACUAGAAGGAAAACUUCUUUUCACACAGGUAUUGGUGGUUUCUUUGAAGACAUCACAAGUCUCAGGAGAUUAAAAUUUAGAGGGAAAGUUUUAAAUCUGUACUCUAGGAGGGUUUCGUUACCUUGUUUUUUCUAUGCCCAGGCCUAUUUUUUAAAAUUUGAGGCUCUAAAUGUAGUGAUUUUUUAAAAAAAACAUUUUAUUUAUUUAUUUAUUCAUAGAGACACAGAGAGAGGCGCAGAGACACAGGCAGAGGGAGAAGCAGGCUCCAUGCAGGGAGCCCGAUGUGGGGCUCGAUCCUAGGUCUCCAGGAUCAGGCCCUGGGCCGCAGGCGACGCUAAACUGCUGCGCCACUGGGGCUGCCCUACAGUGAUGUUUUUAAAAUAUCUUAAAGCAAUUAUAUACAAGGGUCAGUAAACAGCUAACUUCUGCUAGCCACAGUUUUCUGUUUAAUAAGUCUCCAUCGUUACAAAGAACCAUGACAAACUAGAUGAAUUAACUUUAAUUUGCAAAAUUUUGGAAACUAAAUCAUUCCAGUAAAAAUUAAAAGUGAACAUGAACAAAAUUUGGUUGGUCGUGUGUACAAAUAACUUAGUUUGUAUCAUCAAGGAGCAAUAGAUUGUUAAACAGUUUGCAGGUGGUGGCUUUAGAAUUUAAAAUGCAUCAUGUAUUCAGUAUGUAAACGAAAUUUCUUACAUUUGUAAAUUGUCACAAUAUGGUAUAUAAUCUGAGUAUUCUUGCAGACUUUAUUAUUCUUUAGUCCUGAGAUGCUGAAGAACACAGCAUUACAUCCAUGUAAAGCAUUUGUUUUUAAAAUGCUCAGUUUUUAAGAUGUUGGUUAAUCUUAGAUUGGCAAGUGUGUGUCAGCUAAAACAGUAAAAAGUGAGGAUGUAGAAGACUAAGUGAUUAAUAAUUAUCAGAUUCUACCCUAACUACUUUUUUUUUUUUUACCCUAACUACUUUUAAAGCAUUUUUAGACUAGAAAUGCCAUGGGGGGGGGAGGGGUGCCAUUGGUUUCCUUAACUGGUUAGGAGCACAAAAUGUUAACAGGAGGAAGGUAUGUUUUAAGCAACUUUAAAAAGCUGUGGGUGUGGGUUUUGUGUCCGUCCCCCCCCCCCCCCGUUCUCCCCAAGUCAGAUAAAUAAGAUAUGCAUAAAAAUGAUGGAGGAAGAAGUGCUGUCCUACACAAGAAAUGUAUCCUGAAUUAAAGGCAACAGCUGUUGAAACAGGAAUUAGCAUAAUAAAGUAAGCAACAGGUUAACAGUUUUAAAAAUUGAGUUUUCAGGGUGCCUGGCUGACUCAGUAAGUGGUGUGCUACUCUUAAUCUUGGGGUUGUGGGUUUGACCUCAUGUUGGGUGUAGAGAUUGCUGAAAAAAAAAUCUUAAAAAAAAUGGAGUCAUCAAAUGCUGCAUGGCACAAUCUAUACUAUAGAAAUUACUGAAGUACUGUUGCCUAGGAUGGAGGAAGUCUGUAUGGCUUUUAGCAAGAAUGCUUUUCCAGAAAAGCAAAUCAAAAGAACGCAGUCAGCAAAUUAAGGAGGCUAUAGCUAGAUAUCAGAACUACGGCUUCUCAUAUCUGUGCUACAAGAUCCUGUUUAUCCAGAAUGAACUAAAAUUUCAGGACAAAACAGGGAAUUUUAGAGAACAUUUCUUUAUCCAUUUUAAGUUCUUUGCUUCUUUCUCCCCCACCGCCGCACCUGCAUUUCAGCAUGAUCUAGCAGAAAGAUGGCUACCAUUGGUUACUUUAUUUUUCUUUCUGUGGCAAGACUGUCAUGGAGCCUGGAUAUUUCAGGUUAAAAAUAUCCUUCAUGAAGAAGAAAGAUCGUAAGCAACAUGGUGGAUUCAGAAGCUCAUGAAAAGAGACCGCCCAUCCUAACAUCUUCAAAACAAGAUCUGUCACCUCACAUUGCAAAUGUUGGUGAAAUGAAGCAUUACUUGUGUGGCUGCUGUGCAGCUUUCAACAACGUAGCAAUCACAUUUCCCAUUCAGAAGGUGCUCUUUAGGCAGCAGCUGUAUGGAAUCAAAACCCGGGAUGCAGUGCUUCAGUUGAGGAGGGAUGGCUUUCGAAACUUGUACCGCGGAAUCCUUCCCCCACUGAUGCAGAAGACAACUACACUGGCACUUAUGUUUGGUCUGUACGAGGACUUAUCUUGCCUUCUCCGAAAGCAUAUCAGUACCCCUGAGUUUGCAACCCGUAGUGUGGCAGCAGUACUUGCAGGCACAACAGAAGCGAUUUUCACUCCAUUGGAAAGAGUUCAGACAUUGCUUCAAGACCAUAAGCAUCAUGACAAAUUUACAAACACUUACCAGGCUUUCAAGGCACUCAAAUGCCAUGGAAUUAGAGAGUAUUAUCGAGGCUUGGUACCUGUUCUUUUCCGCAAUGGAUUCAGCAAUGUCCUAUUCUUUGGCCUUCGAGGUCCCAUUAAGGAGCAUUUGCCUACCGCCAAAACUCACAGCGCCCAUUUGGUCAAUGAUUUUAUCUGUGGAGGUCUGUUGGGUGCCAUGUUGGGAAUCUUGUUUUUCCCAGUUAAUGUUGUGAAAACUCGCAUGCAGUCUCAGAUUGGUGGGGAAUUUCAGUCUUUUCCCAAGGUUUUCCAGAAAAUCUGGCUAGAGCGGGACAGGAAGCUGACAAAUCUUUUCAGAGGUGCUCAUCUGAAUUACCAUCGAUCCCUCAUCUCUUGGGGCAUAAUCAAUGCAACUUAUGAGUUCUUGUUAAAGAUUAUAUGAGAGAAACUAUCAGUUAAGUGCCAUUUAUUAACUGAAUAGAUCUAAGAAGAAUGUGGUUUGGCAUUGUUCCUAAUUGGCCAAAUAUAAGUUGGUGUCAUUAGUUCAGAGCACAGUGAAUUAUGGGCAAAGCUAUUUUCUUGAAGCACCAACAAAUUCAGAAUAAAAGGUUCUAAUAGGAAAAUAUAAGGGGUUUUUGGUUUUGUUUUUUAUCAUUAUCUGAGAACUUUGGGCUAAUUGCCUGGUUAAUAGCUGUCUAUCUGACUGCUUUUGACAAGGAAAACUAGUAGCCAAGGUAUGAUUCUUUUUUCCAAAAGUCUUUAAAUCUGUAUUGAAAUGUCAAUGGCCAUGACCAGCCAGAGAAAAGGCUCCUAGAGAGAGCCCUGUGAAUUCUCAGGCUUCCUUCUCUUACUCCAUUUCUUGCUUCUCUGCUCUUAGGAGGAGUUGCAAAGGGUAGUCUUCGUUAAACAUAAGCAUAUACUUGUAGGACAAAGGACAGAGGAAAACAGCUUAUUAGAUGUAGGCUUUUUAUGAUAAAUUGCUUAUAUUAGUUUUGAAACUAAGUACCUAUUGGGAUAGUCCUUAUAGACUAUUCAGACGUGGUGUGGCCGACCCAAGCAGCUAGUCAAAGCUCCCAUUUUGCUAGGUUGGAGAGUUUUGUGUUUAGUUCUGAAUAUGACCUUAACCCCUCCCAGAUGUCCUAAUGUUAAUUUCACUUAUUUCAUUGCCAAAACAUGUGGAGGCCUAGAUUUCCUUACUGGUGUUUCCUCCUGUGAAGAAAUUUUAUAUUAAUUGCAAACUCUUGUUAAAUCCGUUUCUUUGAUUAAUUGUUGCCAACUUAAGAGCUUUGGGAGUUUGGGGAGUGUUUUUUCUUUGAGUCAUAGUUUGCCAUAUUGAAGUAUCUCUUAAAGCCCUCCUUUAAAAAAAGAAAAAAGAAAAACACUUCCAUAAAAUUGUAUUUUGGAAGUCUAUUAAUGGGAUUCUAGAUUUCUCUCCCCUGGUUUUUAAACAUUACAGAAGGGAAAAACCUCAAGAUAGCUUUCAUCCCAGAGUGUUAGCUUUUUUAUUUGACUCUUGGAAAUAGAGACUUCCAUUAGGAUUUUUACAUUUUGGAAACCCAGUUUUAACUAUUUUAUCAUUAAAACCGUAAGACAGUGUGAGAUGAUAAGAUCUAAAUAAAGAUAUUUAAAGGAUUAAUUUUAAAUGCUGCUAUUCAUAAUAGCUGGGUAGCAUACUCAUCCCUUACAUGACAGAGAAAAACUUACUUGUCAAAGGAAUUAGAUUUUAAAAUAUUUUUUCCAGAUGAAGCAAAAUGCCUCUACCAAUUGAUUAAUAAAACAUGGAACAUCCUAGAAAAGUAAUUUAUCAACCUUUUAAAAAUCCACAUCUGUAAAUAAGUAGUUAAGAUUGCUUGCCAGCAUCUGACAUGGCAGUUAGAUUUCUUACUAUUAGUUUUUCAUCAUUCUGGGUAAUUGCAUAUGAAUAUGUGCAUACACUGACCAAAAUAAAAUCAGGGUCUCAGUUGGUAGUUUACUCCAUUUCUGGGCAGAUAGUCCCAAAAGAGAUGUUUACCUCUAAAUGCAGUAUGGCUGGUCGAAAAAGCAUCCUUCCAACAUAAAGGAUUGAGAAGCAUUAUCAAGCACUUGCCAGGCAGUAAUGAGCCUCAAUAGCUUUACAACAGUCCCUCAAAAUGUGUUGGAAAUGGCAGUUUUCUUUGGAAACCAAGAUACAGAGGUGAGGAUUUCAGAAAAGGAUUUGACACCAAAUAAACGUGAGUAGCAUCCUUUGGCUUACUGAAUUGAGCCUGGCUUUGAAUCGGGAGAUGAAGGCACCUGGUCUGAGCAUCAGUGGUGUGUCUUGGUGAUGCUCAGUGGGUGGCAGGUGAGUUAGGGGAUGGGCUUCCUUUUGUCUAUACACUCCUGUGAGGUGACAGAUUCUGAAGUUCUAAAGCACUUUGUGAAAUACAGAUGAAGUGAGAAUUUGAAAGGGGAUACUUUGGUUUCUGCAAUCUCAAACUUGUGGCGUUUAAAAACAUUUUGAAGAUCGAUUUUAACUCCUAAUAUAUUUGGAUUUCUUUGUCACUUUUUACAGCUUUUGAAGACCAAACUGUAAAUACAUUACCAGGGAUGGGUUUGUCUUGUCCUAUAGACUUCUUAAAUUUGACAAAAAAUAAACUUGCUUGUGGUAGCCAACAGCUUUGUCUGAACCUUAAAAGAAGUCAAAAUGUGUUAUUAAUAAGAGAUUCUAACUACUUGUUUUUACUUUCAGUGUGAACUAGUAAUUUUGAAAAGGCAAACCUGAUCGAAUAACUUUAUUUGAAGAGCUUUAAAAGUGGCCUUUCUGUUACAUAUGUGGCACAGACAGUUUAUGAGCACAGGCACCCUGGUCCUGCCUCCCAUACUUCAUCUCUGAUGCCACCAGAGAUGUUAUGGAUUCUAUAUUUAGAACGCUUGGGGUAGUAUGAGCCCUCCGGACUGCAUCACAGAGCAAACACAACCUCUCUAUGGUGGCAGAUUUGUGUCUUUGUUUCAUUUGUGGUUGGAGACAGUUGAUGUUUUUGUCUCAAUACUCACCGUACCUUAUGGUUGGUUAUGUAAUCACUUGCUAUAUAUUGUAAACUGUGCAAUAAAACAGAAUUGUGUAUCUAGA